AUGCUCGUUCUUUUCGUCAUCCAAGCGACUGGAGUUGCACCACCCAUGGUGCACAGUAUUGCGUUCUACGUAACUGUCUCAAUCGGAUCCACCGUGAUGAGGAAGAUGGGAGAUCCAGCGGUUGACUUGACGCCGGAGCGCUUGAAUCGAGAUAUGACAAUCAUGAGUCUCUUAGUCUUCGGGGCGACGCUUGGCAUGCCCCGUGAGCUCAUGCCGGCUUGCUACAUGGCGCGAACCCUCUGCUUCACCUUCACCAACAGCCAGUUUAGCAACAAGGUGAACAUCAUGUUGGCACCCUUCUAUGUGAUGUCGCACUGGCUUAAUUUCGAACCCGGCGCGCCAAUAGAGAAGCUCUUGUUUUCCAUGAUCGGUGAGGUGGUGGCAGUCUCGCUCAUGAUCUUAGUCGUUACGAACCUCGACACCAAGGAGCAUCAUGCGGCUGCAGCCACUAUGGAGUUGGAAGCCAAGGUGGCAGAGGUCGCAGAAGCAGAGCGUACAGGGGGAGCUGCUCAACGUUUGCUCUCAGUGACCUGCGAUGCUUCAGUCCGCUUAACACAUGACCUGAAAAUUCAAACCCCUUCGCGUGGGCUGCUGGACAUCUUGAUGUGUAAUUUCGGCUCCAACUGCACGAGUCUUCUGGAGGGCAUGCCGUUCCUACGCUAUGUGGCGCAAGGAGAUCAUGAACGCUUCAUGAAAUUCAUUGAUGAGAAUUCUCAGACUACAUCUCCUGCAAGGUCCCUGCAUGUGGACAUGAAAGACUCGAGCGGUGUCAUUUUUAAGGCGGAACUCUUUCACGUCACGGUCCCCAGCCUCAUGGGAGAUGUUGGGCAUGAGCACUUGAUUGGAAUCACCAACGACAGUGCUGAUGAUCGACUGGGAAGAAUGGAGCAAAUUGAGGAGUUUGACUCCAUGGCCCCACUACAGGACCUGUCUCUGAGCAGUUUUCCACCCAUCCGCGAGGCCGAUCUUCGGCGCCAUGGAGGCGCUCACUCGCAUUCGGUUGCGCCGUCGCAGAGCCAUUCAAGGAGUAGCCGAUCCAGCAGUAACAGUAGCAAAAGCAGCAGACAGCUUUCAACCAUGCGUGAGAUCAGUGAGAUCAAUCUGGUGAUCGAUCUCGAAACGGUGGACAAAGACUUUCGCAUUUGCUCCGCCACCCUGAUUUUUAGUUCGCCCAAAUCCUGCAACGAGGGAGCGCUCCCAAAUUUGGUGGAAUGGCUGAAGCCACGCUACCGGCAACAAGUGCACAACUGGAUUCAAGAACACGCCAACGCGCACUUUGCUGGCCGGGAAUACCAAGAAACUCUCCGAGGGGUGAAACUGAAUUCGCCAUUCCCAAAUACUUCCACGCUCUUGGCUGGAGAGCUUAAAUGCAAUGGCAUCACUGAUGAGGAG